AUGAGGGACCCUGUGAGUGUCACGGGGACACCCCACAGUAUAGCUCACUGGAUCACUGAGGUGCACAAACCGUCACAUCACGUCCUUGUUCCGGAUUUCGAGAUCGUUCCCGUUGAGUCGGGUCUGUUAGUGAAAUGGUUCAUAGACGAUUAUGAAACACAGUCUGUAAUGUAUUAUCAAAUUGAAAUUCAAGAUGGCCAAUGGACCCGUACAAUUCAGGCAACCGAGAACGUCUCGUCCGUCCUGAUAGACAAUUUGCAACCGUGCCGUUUCUACACAGUUUCGGUGACAACUGUGAUCGUUUGGGAUUUCCAGAUGAAAAUUGCCUGGAAAUGUGGAACUCCACUACCAAAAAUUCCGAGUAAAGUUCGUGACCUGCUAGUGACCAGUUUGUCCUCCGGCACUGAUCAAAUUGUUUCCUGGCGACGACCUGCUGAAGUACCUCCGGAGUGUCAUCUACACUAUGGUCUCAUCAUUCGGCGUGCAGGUGGAUAUGAACGUCAUCUGAUGUUCGAUACCCAUGGCCAUCAUUUGAUAAGAAACCUGGAGCCCCAAACCAUCUAUUACUUCAAGAUCCAAGCGAUCUAUGGAGAACUGCGUGGUGAAAUAUCAGAUAUGGUUGAGCAGUCAACAACAGCAGGUGAAGCUCCAGUUUCGCCAUACGACCUGAGAUUCAUUCCACUCGAGCUCAGUGGGAAUCUAACUUGGAGACUACCGGUAAAAGGGAUGGAACGGAUAGAAAAAUAUCAUCUAGUUUUUGAAGGAGCAGCCUACGAAAUUAUGAACGAAGGCCAGACCAACUUUCUCGUGGAAGACCUCACCGAAUGCAGUUGGUAUUGUAUGCAGCUGACAGCUGUUGCUUCAAAUCACAUGGAAUCGAAAAAGGCAUUGGUCUGCGGAACCCCUCUAACAACC